ACGAGGAGCAGAGUGACGCGAGCGAACCAAGCCAUUAGGCACCAAGCAUCACUUCCUCCGUCACACUCCUUUUGAAAACAUUCGAAACGAAACCCCUACAACAGUAAAUCCCCCCUCCCCCUUUACACGCAAUAAAAAAUCAAGCCACGUUCCUUUUUCCACUUAGUAUUGGGCUGAAGCGAGAGAAAAAGAGAGGAGCCGAGGGAAGGAACGCGGCUGUGAAGGGACGCAGGAAACGCCUCGACAUUGUGAACGCGUCCAGACGUCGUCGGUUCGGCGAGGGAGAGCGACGCCCGGAAUCGAGUCUCGAUUUUUCACCUUAAUUAAUUCGCAAUUCCAGAUAUUUAGAGAGGGGCCAGGCAUCAUUCGUUAUUUACAUCUGACAAGGACUUGAAUUGGUAUGAAGAAGGCUACUUUUUGGGGACAGCAAGAUCAGUAUGGAGGAUCCCCAGUACUUGCACAAAGAUAAUAAGAUUAAUGAGCCUAUUGUGGAAGUGCAGCAAAUAGCAUCCCACAAUGUUAUGUGGAUGCAGACAACUGAAAAACCAUAUGAAUGUGAAGAGUGCGGUAAAAGGUUUGCUCAAGAGAGUCAUCUGAAUAACCACUUGGUUUGGCAUAGGAAGGAGAAGAAGUUUGAGUGUGGAAUCUGCAGCAAGAGGUUUACCAUGGAAAGUCAUCUGGACAGUCACAUGAUUGUGCAUAGCGCUGAGAAGAAUUUUAAGUGUCAAGUUUGUGAAAAGUGCUUCACAAUGGAGAGCCACUUGAAUGGUCACAUGCUUGUCCAUACUGAGGAAAAGAACUUUGAAUGUGACAUCUGUCAUAAAGCAUUUAUCAUGGAGAAUCACCUUAGAAGUCAUAAACUUGUACAUAUCAAGGAAAAGAAGUUUGAAUGCAUGAAGUGUGGCAAGCGCUUUGGGCAAAGAAGUCACCUAAACAGUCACAUGCAUUCGCACAAUGUUGAAAAGCGUUUUGAAUGUGGAGUCUGCGGAAAACGUUUUGCUUUAGAGAUUCAUCUCACAAGCCAUGUGCUUGUCCACAGUAUGGAAAAGAAGUUUGAAUGCGAUGUGUGUGGCAAGAGAUUCAUGAUGGAGAUUCAUCUUAAUAGCCAUCGCCAGGUACACAGUGUUGAGAAGAAGUUUGAGUGCCUUGUUUGUGGCAAGCGGUUCUCUAUGGAAAGUCACUUGAACAGCCACAUGAUUGUUCACAGUGAAAAGAGAUUUGAAUGCGAAGUCUGUCGCAAACGUUUCACAAGGAAGGCACACCUAAAUAGCCACAGGUUUGUGCAUAGUGAAGAAAAGAGGUUUGAAUGUCAUGUAUGCCAUAAGCGAUUCACCCAAGAAAGCCACCUAAGCAGUCACAUGUUUGUCCACAAUGAAGAAAAAAGUACGAAUGCGAGGAAUGUGGCAAGAAGUUUAUCCAGGAAAUUCAUCUCAACAGUCAUAGAUUCAUACACAGUGAAGAAAAAAAGCUUGAGGCAAGCGAGUGGGGGAAAAGAUUACCGGAUGGCCAACUCAAUGGCCAUGGUGCACAUGACAUGAUGAAGAGAUUUGCAUGUGAUGAAUGUGGCAAAAGGUUUUCUCAAUUGAGUCACCUCAACAGCCACAGGUUUGUACACACGGAGCAGAAGAUCUAUGGUUGCGAGGAAUGUGGUAAAAGGUUUAGACAAGAAAGCCACUUGAAUAGCCACAUGUUUGUGCACAGUCAGAAGAAGAGAUUUGAAUGUAUGGAAUGUGGAAAGAGAUUUACACAGGAAAGCCACCUUAAUAGCCACCGAUUUGUUCACAGUGAGAGAAAAGGAAUGGAUUACACUGAAUACACAAAGCAGUAUCCAUUGCCACAGAAGGCAGUCACCAACAAUCAUGCUGCUGCUGCUGCAGCUGCUGCAGUUGUAGAUAAGAAGACUCAUGAAUAUUUAGAGACCAUGAAGAACUUCCCUCAACAAGCAUAUCAGCCAACAUAUGCAUAUGCACAGUGGGAGCAAGUAAGAACGCUAUGGACAAUGUAGCCAGGACAUGAAAUAAUGGUAUUAAAUUUGUAGGAGGAUGACUAAUGAAAAGAAAUUUGAGCCUGCCACCAUUAUGGACUAUUUGUAAAGUAGAAUCAAA